CGUGAAGGCAGCAGCGGGCCGCGCUGAGCUCGGGGCUCAGGUCUCCUCCUCGCUGUCUGUAUCGAUGAAGUUGUUUCAAAGAUGGCGGAUUUCCUGCCGUCCCGUUCCGUUUUAUCUGUAUGUUUCCCUAACUGUCUCCUCACAAGCGGCGAAGCGGAACAACUGAGGAAAUCUAAAGAUAUAGAUGAGGAAAUUCAUCGAGAUAAGACGUAUCUAAAAAGAUUAGUAAAGAUUUUAUUACUUGGGGCGGGCGAGAGCGGCAAGUCGACUUUCCUCAAGCAGAUGCGCAUUAUCCACGGGAAGGACUUCGAUCAGAAGGCCAAAGAGGACUUCAGAGCCACGAUUUUUAGUAACGUUAUAAAAGGUAUUCGAGUGUUGGUGGAUGCUCGAGAGAAGCUACACAUUCCAUGGGGCAACCAGUCCAACCAGCGCCACGGAGACACAAUGAUGGCGUUUGACACUCGCUCGGUGAUGGCCCACGGUCAUGGCAUGGUGGAGCCAAAGGUUUUCCAGCACUACCUGCCCUCCAUCCGGGCCUUGUGGGCCGACCGGGGAAUCCAAAACGCCUACGACCGCCGCCGAGAGUUCCAGCUGGGGGAGUCGGUCAAGUAUUUCCUGGACAAUCUGGAGAAGCUUGGACAGACGGACUACCUCCCCAACCAACAGGACAUCCUCCUGGCCAGAAAGCCCACUAAAGGCAUUCACGAGUACAACUUUGAGCUUCGCAACGUGCCGUUCAAGAUGGUGGACGUGGGCGGUCAGCGGUCCGAGAGGCGGCGCUGGUUUGAGUGCUUUGACUCCGUCACUUCGAUCCUCUUCCUCGUCUCAUCCUCUGAAUACGACCAGGUGCUGAUGGAGGAUCGGCAGACCAACCGGCUGAGCGAGUCCCUCAACAUCUUCGAGACCAUCGCCAAUAACCGGGUGUUCAGCAACGUCUCCAUCAUCCUGUUCCUGAACAAGACGGACCUGCUGGAAGAGAAGGUGAAGCAGGUGUCCAUCAAAGACUACUUCCCCGAGUUCUUGGGCGACCCCUCGAGCCUGCCGGACGUCCAGCGCUUCCUGGUGGAGUGCUUUCGCAAGAAGCGCCGAGAGCAGCAGCAGAAGCCGCUGUACAACCACUUCACCACGGCCAUCAACACCGAGAACAUCCGGCUGGUGUUCCGUGACGUCAAGGACACCAUCCUGCACGACAACCUCAAACAGCUGAUGCUGCAGUGAGGGGGCUGAGCAGGAGGUGGGGGUGGGGGGGCGGUGGAGCCAGACCCAUCCAUCCUCUCUACUUGACUUUGACCGGCUCCUCAUUUUGAACUUUGACUCUGUAUUAAAGACACCACUACUACCGCCCCCCCCCCCACUUCCCGAGCUUGCUCUCUGCCUUAUUGAACUUGCUCACUAUGACGCCUGUGGCUCUGAGCCUCGACCCCCCUCUGACCCUUCAAACCACUGUAAAUGACCUCUAACCCCAUCCCCAUCGUCGCUCUGACCUCCUUUAUGUUGCUCUAAUCCACACACCUUCUCCAUGCUGCUCUGACCACUGUUGCUAAGGGAGGGGGAGGGGCUUGUUUCAUAGUGAGAAGCCGCCAGCAGCGACUGUUGAGCGCUGCGUCUUUGUUGUUCCUCUGAUUUAACAUCUGCUCUCCACUGGCGCUUGGUUUUGGUUCUAAUAUCACGCGCUGGAGCUAACACACAAAGAGAGAGGAAUGUCUCCUCCAAAGUCGCAUAAUUUUCUAACCACAGCUUCUGAAUAUACUGUAUGUACCUAUGCCUUUAACUUAUAUUUGAUGGGGCUUUACACUUACAGGCUGUGUUCCUUUUAGCUGGACACAUGGACCAUAAUGCAGGCACUGCUGUCACGUCUCCUGCCACGUGACUCAGUCAUGUGACACAUGUUAUGGGCUCUUCUCCCACUUUAUAUGUCUCAAUAAUACUCACCAUGCGGGUUAGAACAAACAGAUCAUUGUGACCUCGGUUCAACUCGGUAUUGACAUGUGAUCUGUAUCUAGAUUCCACAUCUGUAAAAUAACAUCUGUCUUUGCACUUGGUGGUGAUCCGCCUUGUUGCUUCUCACUUCUGCCUCCAUCAGCGUUCCAGGAGUCAAAGCAGCGAGGCAAACCACAAUGGAAGACCAAAUGCACGCCGAUGUUCCCUGUGGGUCUUUUUCCCUCGGAUAAUGGCUUCAUCUAGAUACUUAGCACAGGUCAAUGUGGGGCUUCUAUGAAACCUGUUUUUAUCUUAUUUUAUCUCUUAUUGUCUGUGUUGUGUGCAAACCAUGGCCCAACAAAUAUGACCACAAACAGCAGCUGUGGCAGACUGAAUGAUGGACCGUUGUGUAGCAGCAUGCAGCUUGAAUGUGGGUUUUUGAAGGAAAUGGGUCAGGUGGUCUCGGUGAACGGCGUGUUGCUGUGGCUUUCUUGUCUUCAUAAGAGCCCAUGGGUUUGGUUUAGAUUGUUCUGCCUCUGAUGGAGCAGUGGUCCUUACUGUGGGUGGGCUGCUGGGGCUCCACUGGUUCCUGCUGACACUAGACAAACAUGUGCAAGGCCUUUUUAUGGAACUGAAUGUCUGAUGUAUGCAUACAGACAUCAGCAUAUUGUAGUAUUUUUGUACCUUUCAUCACUAUAGUUGUGUUGGAAUUACUAUUUGCAGCUAACCACAAUGGUGACUGCUUGCCACCCCCCCCCAUCCCCCUGUCUACACUGGAUGUUUCAGCCAAGCUUUCUAGUCCUCGCUCUCUGUUUUUAUGACAACAGCUGGAGGUUCAUCCUGAGGGAACAUCAGUGGGAACCAAAGUGCUCCGAUGCUCUUCAUCACUUGUAAUUAAGGCUCUAUGAAUUCUGAAUGGCCAUUACACCGUAUGGGAUACCUGUGACUGCCUGUGUGUGUAUUUAGGAGUUCUACCAGUAGAGAGGUCAGUUAAAACUUACUACUUGGUGUCUUCAGUUAACCAUCCAGUCAUGUAUGCUACAGACAUCUGUUACUUCUUUGUACUUCAGUAUUUGGACUGAAACAUACUGAUCACUGUAUUUACUGUAGCUCAUCAGAGAACAGAACAGAACAUAAAGAAGCCUCAACAACAUAAGAAUACCACAUGAUGCUACUUGGAUCCCUCUUAAUAAGACACUCUGUUCACACUACAUCUGGAUCUGCAGGAUGGAUCCGUUUGAGAUUUGAAUAAGUGACCUUUCUUGGGUGGCAUCGGGUUCACAGUCCUUUCCAGCCUAUGGUGUGUUAGCAUGAAGCAGUGAGGGGAGUGGGCGGGGGGGGCGGUCUGGAUCCAGACUGCUGCAGGCUAGAGUAGAGCCCCUAAUCACAGAGAUCUACGUUGGGUUGUUGUCCCGUGGGAGCUGAACACACGUCCCAUGUACUGUUCAUGGGGUCCACAGUGGGGCCUUCUGCUGCCUCCCAAAAGCACUGAUGAGGGAUGCAGAGGAAUCCCUCUUAGGAGAUUGAUCCAAAUUCUCAAGAAGUCUAAAGAACUGCCUUCGUACUCACCGAAAUAAAGCUUAGCUCAAAGGUCCACUUCCAGAGAGCUUGCUGGAGCUGCCUGUGGAGCGCGUUCCACCCGUAGCAGCCGGCGUGCACGCCUUCUCUGGCUGAGAUCGUCUUCCUGUUUGGUUGCAACCCUCCGUGAGAGGAGUCCAGUGUCGCCUCACAGUCCAAGCUAUGCAACAGCUAUGCACAGCCAUGACUUGGUAUCAUGGGUCCAAUACUCCUGAUGAUUCUCUUAAUGCCAGUGUCUUCUAGUCAGGAGAGACGUCUGCCAAAUAUUCUUGGGUCUCUGCCUGUACUGUCAGCAGCUUUUCUAUUGACGUGCACAUUCAACCUUUGUCCCAGUUCAACAAUGUUCACGUAGACAAGCUUUCCAUGUACAGUCUAACUUAUGCCGCCGUAACCUUCUACUCUCUAAUCAAAUCAAACCUAAAUAAACUGUUUGUUUUUUUACAAACCCUCUGUCUGUGCACUCGUUGGAUUUGUGCUCUUGUGAAUACGAUUAUUGUCGUAAUUCAAACUUCCAGUUACUCUUCAAGCUAAAAUAGUCACCUGUGGCUCACGGGAGAAUCCACGUUCCUUGACUUGGUAAUGAGCUUCGUCCGUAAAGAGGGGAGGGGGGGGGGCACCUUCUGAUUGUGGGUCGCGAUGGGAUUUUCAAGAAGUUGCACAUUAAACCAUAAGUGCCUUGGAAAAUGAAUAUUCUAUCAAAUAAACAAUACCACACAAAAGGGUUUAGCAUUUGACUAGUUCAUUUGUUUAUCUGCAUAUUACUAGACACAUUUCAUUUAUCUGUCUUUUAUUUCAUUUAUAAUUAUUUGGGAUUGUAUAAGUAAAUAAUCAGACGUAUUGCUUUGUUUGUGUUGAAGAACACUGAUGAAAGAUGAUGCAGCAAGUGGUUGUAGGUGAGAAGAACCUUACGUUCUAUUUUUAGAUUAAACGGAGCCAGUGCAGAAAAGCUAAAACAGGAGUGAUAAGAUCCCUUUUCUUCAUUCUGGAGAGGCUUUAGAGAUCAGCCUGAUAACAAAGAAUUGUAGUAAUCCAGUCUAGAAUUAACAAACGCAUGAACUAAUUGUUUGAGUCCCAC